AUGCACCAGGAACAGUUGCAGACAUGGAUUCGUGGAAAUGUCAGUUUGUGUCCUCGUUCUAUCUUCAUCUUUGAUGAAAUGGAUAAAAUGCAUCCUGGACUUAUUGAUGCUAUCAAACCUUACCUAGAUUACUAUGAUGAACUACAAGGCACAUCUUACCAAAAGUCCAUAUUUAUAUUCCUAAGCAAUGCAGGAGGUGACAUUAUAACUCAGACAGUGAUGGAUUUUUUCAAUCAAGGCAAGAAACGGGAAGAGAUCAAAUUAAACGACUUGGAUCCUAUACUACAAAUGCAGAUAUUCAACAAUAAAAAGAGUGGGUUGUGGCAUGCCAGUCUAAUUGAGAAACACUUGAUCGAUUUUUUUAUUCCUUUUCUGCCUUUGGAGUACCGGCAUGUUGAGAUGUGCGCCCGUGAAGAGCUCAUGUCCCAGCUUGGCUUGGUGGAUGAGGAUAUUGUAAAGAAAAUUACAGAUGAAAUGACUUACUACCCAAAAGACAAGCAGCUGUUUUCUGUAAAAGGAUGUAAAACAGUGGCAUCAAAGCUGAACUCCUAUUUAUAGAUACUUGAAAUCUGAGAAAACAUUUGCAUUAAAUAUAGAACAUUGUUUAUUUUUCAAGUGUCCACACUGAGGACUCCUGCUGCUAGGUAAGAUAAUAUCAUAAUUUUUCUUGGAUUGACUAAUAACUCAGUGUGGACUCUGAACUUUGCAAGAACUUUUCACAUGUUGGGAUAUCACUCUUAGGGACCUGAAGUUUUACAGAGAGGACCAAUUCUCUGAGUCCGAGUGAAGAAACAGCAAGUGAUCAUUCCAUGAUUGUUUUACCAGCAGCUUGAGGCUAUUUUGACAUAUUCCAAAUACGUUUUGAUAUUACUGUACACUGCAGGCAGGCAACAAAGUUAAAUGUAGAAAUAGUAGCAGAUAAGUAAAACUGAAAUUUCAGUACUGAGCUUGAAGCUGGUAUUGUUAAAAUUUGAUUCAUCAUUGUUAUUGUCUUUUCAGGCAAUCACCUGGUAGGACCUUUCAAUACUUCUGUUUUAUGCUUUAUUAGUCAGAUAUGUUGCAGGAAAAUACUUCUGUCUUCUUUAAAUUCACAGCAGAGAAACAUUGUGGUAUGACUUUUACCCUCCACAUGCUACCUUGUUGCUUUGCAAGGAGGUAUUAUUAUAAGUGAGAAACCGUACAGCACAUAUCAGUAGUGAGAUGAAUCUUUAAUUCUGUUCUCUGCCACAGAGGAGUAAAAGCCCCAGAAUCUGAUUCUAACAAACAGAGACUGAUUAAUAGCUUGGGCAGUGGAAGAGCUGGGCAGGGGAGGACAGUUAUGAACUGUUUACCUUAGCUUUCCCACCCUAAGGAGAGGGGCACACUAGUUCUGGUUGUCCACUUGCAGGGACUAGCGCAAUGCACUGUAGCUGCAAGACUGAAGGACAUAUUCUUGGCAAUACCAAACUAGUGAAGGUAGCUCUCAGUGAGCAUGUAUGUGUAGGGGAACAAAGAUACUCUGUUGUUAGUGCACAGGAUGCCACGGUGGUGGUGUGGGUGCCCUUGUCAGACAACAGGGGUGAGGUUUGGACCAUAAAAAAGAGUGAAACCUUUAUGGUUGCAUGCAAAAUGGGUUUGCAAUUGCCUCUCAUCCAAGUGGGUGAAGGAGGGCUGGCAAGUGGUCACAAUGCAACAAGGAGAAAAGAUUAUAUUAGAUUUGCUCCAAAACUGUGGAUAAUUUUAGCAAAAUAACUUAUUAAUUACUGUGAAAAGAGUGAAACUUUUCAAAGCAUGAGAGGUGGCAUUGAAAAUUGUCUCACUUUUUUCCCUACAAGAUGUGAAGUUUACAUGGUUUUUAUUUGAGCAUUCUUCAGUGAACGUAUGCAUUCAGGCACACAGUCUGUUAAUGCUACUUUGUUAUCUAGGGCUGCUUGAGAAUGGCAGACACAUACUUAUACUUUGGAUGAUGUAAAGCAUACUUAUGUAUAACUCCCACAGAUUAUCAUAACCCAUUAUAAAACUGUAACCAUUGCAUGUAUCUUUGCUGUGCCAAUAUACAGAUGCUGAUAGAUGGGAAGGGAGUGCAUAAUCACGCAUUCAUUUUAGGUGUGCAGCAGCAAUACACAACCCCCAUAAUGGCAGCUCUUGCUGUUACAUCAUACCCUGAUUGCUCAGAGUCGGCUUCAUGCAGAACUGUUCUCAUCUCAUUUUUAUUUUCUUCUUUACAAAUAAGUUCUAGUUAUAAAUGCAGACCAGUAAUCUGAAAGUACUGUUCCUUCUUCUUCUUCUUUUGGCUGCUCCCAUUAGGGGUCGCCACAGCCGAUCAUCUGUUUCCAUUUCUUCCUGUCCUCUGCAUCUUGCUCUGUCACACCAGCCACCUGCAUGUC